AGUGAAGAUGAUGAUAUGCCGACACCAACCCUCUUCACUGAGAUGGACACUCUCCAGAGGGAAGGAGAUGAGCUGGAAUGGAAAGAGUCUGCCAGGUGGGUGAAGUUCGAGGAGAAGGUGGAGGAGGGUGGAGAGCGAUGGAGCAAACCCCAUGUGUCCACUCUGUCCCUACACAGCCUUUUUGAGCUGAGAACAUGUCUCCAGACAGGAACGGUGCUGCUGGACUUGGAGGGUUACUCACUGCCACAAAUAGUCGAUGACAUCAUUGAGAGACAGAUAGAGGAGGGGAUGAUAUCUGCCGAUCUGAGAGACAAGAUCAGUUUCGUCCUGCUGAGGAAACAUCGACAUCAGACCAAGAAGCCCAUUCAUCGCUCACUGGCUGACAUCGGAAAGUCCAGCUCCUCCAACAGUCAAAGUGAAUCACGUGGACCAGGUGCAGGGUCAAUACCCAACUUUAACAGAUCAACAGAAGAUCUCAGAACAAAACAACAGUCUUCCAACUAUGGCCGCCUGCGUCAUGCUCAGAGCAGGAGUAUGAAUGACAUUGCCGACACUCCUAAUCCAGACCAACUAAGAAACAAAUUCAUAAAGAAGAUCCCGAGAGAUGCCGAGGCCUCCAAUGUUUUGGUGGGCGAGGUGGAUUUCCUGAACAAACCCUUUGUUGCAUUUGUUCGCCUGGCCCAGGCCACGACGUUAGGAGGUCUGACGGAGGUUCCUGUUCCCACCAGAUUCCUCUUUAUUCUGUUGGGACCUCAAGGAAAAGCCAAGUCGUACAAUGAGAUUGGCAGAGCUAUAGCAACACUAAUGGUGGAUGAUCUCUUCAGUGAUGUAGCUUAUAAGGCCAGAGAUCGGGAAGACCUCAUUGCCGGCAUAGAUGAGUUCCUGGAUGAAGUCAUUGUGCUUCCACCAGGUGAAUGGGAUCCUAAAAUCCGCAUUGAGCCUCCGAAAAAAGUGCCGUCAGCAGACAAAAGGAAGUCCGUGUUCUCCCUGAAUGAGCAGGGACAGAUGAACGGUACAGCUGGGGUAGGAGUAGGAGGCGGGGGAGGAGGACUGGCUAGCGAUGAGGAGAUGCCAGUGCAACAUGAGCUGGGAGAGGAGCUGGCAUUUACUGGACGAUUCUGUGGGGGUCUGUGGCUGGACAUAAAGAGAAAACUGCCCUGGCUGCCCAGUGAUUUCUACGAGGGCUUCCACAUCCAGUCUAUCUCUGCUGUGCUCUUCAUCUACCUGGGAUGCAUCACCAAUGCCAUCACCUUUGGUGGCUUGUUGGGGGAUGCAACGGAAAAUUAUCAGGGAGUGAUGGAGAGUUUCCUGGGUACGGCGUUGGCCGGGUCUGUCUUCUGUCUUUUUGGUGGUCAGCCCCUCAUUAUCCUCAGCUCCACUGGCCCGAUUCUAAUCUUUGAGAAGCUCCUGUUUGAUUUCAGCAAGAGCAACAGCAUCGACUACAUGGAGCUGCGUCUGUGGAUCGGCAUCCACUCCUGCAUCCAGUGCCUCAUCCUCGUUGCCACGGAUGCCAGUUACAUCAUCAAGUACAUGACACGCUUCACGGAGGAAGGCUUCUCAAGUCUUAUCUCCUUCAUCUUCAUCUCUGACGCUAUCAAAAAGAUGGUGGGCUCCUUCAAAUACUAUCCCAUCAACACUGAUUUCAAGCCAGACUAUGUCACAGCUUACAAGUGCGAGUGUCUGGCUCCAGACCCGGUGGCUGCAAUGAUCUUCACUGCUUUAGCUCCAAUGCCAGAUAACAGCUCUUCUAUCUCUGGGGUAAGUGAUCUUUCUGUGUUUACAUUUCCCUCCAUGUCGAAAAAAGAGUGUCUGAAGUACGGAGGCUCUCUGGUGGGAAAGUCCUGCAAGUAUGUGCCCGACCUAGCCCUCAUGUCUUUCAUCCUCUUCUUUGGCACCUACUCCAUGACAAUCACCCUGAAGAAGUUUAAGUUCAGCCGCUACUUUCCCACCAAGCUGAGGAAACUCAUCAGUGACUUUGCCAUCUUCAUGUCUAUAAUGACGUUCGUGGGACUGGAUAUGUUGAUAGGGCUCAAAACCCCAAAGUUAAUUGUUCCAACAGAAUUUAAGCCAACUCGACCUGAUCGAGGCUGGCUGGUGAUGCCCUUUGGAAAAAACCCCUGGUGGGUGUAUUUAGCCAGCUUUGUCCCUGCUCUCCUGGUAACAAUCCUCAUCUUCAUGGACCAGCAGAUCAGUGCAGUCAUUGUUAAUCGCAAGGAGAACAAAUUAAAGAAAGGCUGUGGUUACCACCUGGAUCUCUUCUGGGUCGGCAUUCUGAUGGUCACCUGCUCCUUUAUGGGCCUGCCCUGGUACGUCGCUGCCACUGUGAUCUCCAUUGCCCACAUCGACUCCCUGAAGAUGGAGAGUGAGUCGAGCGCUCCAGGAGAGCAGCCUCAGUUCCUGGGCGUCAGGGAACAAAGGAUGACAGGGAUUCUGGUCUUUGCUCUGACCGGAGUCUCAAUCUUCCUCGCUCCAGUUUUGAAGUUCAUCCCCAUGCCUGUGCUGUAUGGAGUCUUUCUGUACAUGGGUGUCGCCUCCCUCAGUGGAAUCCAGUUCUGGGACAGGAUAAAGUUAUACAUGAUGCCUGCCAAGCACCAACCAGACUUCUCUUACCUGCGUCAUGUCCCUCUGAGGAGAGUCCACCUGUUUACUCUGAUUCAGAUCACAUGUCUGGCUGUGCUUUGGAUUCUCAAAUCCACCUUCUUGGCCAUUAUCUUUCCUGUGAUGAUUCUGGGUUUGAUGUUGGUCAGAAAGAUGCUGGACAUGGUCUUCUCUCAGCACGACUUGGCCUGGCUGGACGACCUCCUGCCUGAGAAGGAAAAGAAGAAGAAGGAUGAAGACAAGAAGAACGGGAAGGAGAAGGAGAAGAAGUCCAAACCUGAUGACAAUGAGGAUGAGUACCGUGCUUACUCCACACACUCACCCAGCUCUGACUCCGACCUGGAUCGAAGCAUCACACUGCACCUGAAGAUCUCCUGCCCGUCGUCUCCAGCCAUGCCUAUGGGCCGUAGCAUGGCUGGUUCAGUGCCCCAGGUGAAGAUUGAGAUGGAGUCAGACUAUGACUCGGACAUGGACCACCAUCAUCCCCGGGAUCUGAGCAGCGAGACCACAUUGUAAAGAUAGCACUUCAUCUUUUAUGAACUGGCCAAUGCAUGGCAUUAUAGAGUCUAAGUCUAUUCAUUAUAGUUGCUGACCAAAUACAGCAGUCACCAUCAACCAUCCAAUCUGGCCCCUUACUGAUUUACACAAUAAAUAUCAAAUAAUAAUGUUAGACAAAAACGUGAUUUUUAUUUCAUUUUAUUUGAGUGUUCGGCCCCCCUGGUGUCUGUCCAGAGAAAUUCUGGCCCUCCGACAAAUAUAGUUGGUGACUCCUAAUAUACAGUAUGUGGUUGAUUGUAGUGACCCUCAGAAGAUUUUGAAUCUGUUUGUAGACUGUAGAAUUAACUUGGCAAUAAACGAUUUACUUGUUUCAUGUUAAAAAUGUUUAAAGGUAAUAUAAAAGUGAAAAUGUAUCUGUAUAAAAUGUUCUAUUUGGUACAAAAGUGUGUAUAUAUAUAUAUAUAUACAGUACAUAUAUAUGUAUGUCAUUGAAAACUAUAUAUUGUACUGUAUACAGGAGGCCUCCUUAUUAGGUAUGUAUUGGUACGUAGCACUAACCACGUUAUUUCCUCGUGGCACAGAGACAACUGGGUUAUGGAAAUGGUUCUCAGUUUUGUUGCUCUCUUUGGUGCAUUUGGUUUGGUUUGAGAUAAAGACUGUGGUGGUCUAUGGAGAUCUCCUGUAAAACCAGCACAGCCAUCACAGUCAAGUGUAAAUUUGUACAUUGCCACACCCAUUCAGCUUUGUGUUUUUGCUGUGUUUGGAUACACUUUAGUGUUGACCCAAGAACCACUCUCUCCUGUUCCUCCAGUCCUCACUGCACUUCAACAGUUGAAUUAGAACUAAAAAGAAACAACCAAAAACCAUUGAUGUUUAGAUGUUGCUGUGUAAAAUGUUUAGUUUCAAGAUGUUACAUCCUUCAUGCUAAGAUCUGUGGUUUGAUUUUCUGUGCCAGCAACAAUACAAUUUUAGCAUAAAAAUAAAAACCUGGUAUUACAGUAAAAAUUAUAUAUAUGCAAUAAAAUAUUCUAUUAUUCCCAAUAUUGUGUCAUCUUUAAAUACACUAUGUCUGGCAGAAGCAUUUGAGAUCUGGCAGCAUAAAAAGUUAAUACAAAUUUGACCAUUUACAACUAAAAGAACAAAUGCCCCAGAAUGCCAGCUGAUACUAAAUUCUAAAGCCAUGUGUGUGAGAGUGGGAGAAAGGAUAACAGUCAGAUGGAGCCCGAUAGUAUAAAGCAGUUAAUAACUACACUAUUGCACUACAACACAGGCUCUAAUCUAUUUUACUGUUUUAUUUGCUUCGAUUUUAAAAUGCAAAAAUUUCACAUUU